UGCGGAUUUCAUUCUGCUAACAGCCAUUGUAGCACAAACAAUUCGAAGUGGUUAACAGGAAAAUAUAAUAUUCCAUUAUUGUGGAGUGUUUUGCCUAUACGGAAAAUUGUCUUGAAGAAUUUUUACUAACUUGAGUGUGACAAUGUUGGCUGUGACUGUGAAUAGUCGGAAGCGUCAGCUGAGUUUGACAGAUGAUUUGGAAGGUGAUGAACUGCAGCAGGGAGAGACAGUGAGUAAUUUCAAUGAUGGAUACGAUGAGAAUCUGAUGGGAGAUGCCGCGGAUCGGAUCCGACUCGAGGGCCUUAGUGAAUUGGAGCGGGAGCGAGAAUUGUAUGAACGCAGCUUAAAGCGGGAGGAGCAGAUGAUCAGGUGGGGUAUAAAGAACAUGUUACUAGAAAAAAACCAAUCAGAGUCGAGCUCGGAAAUUGCUGAAGUUGUUAAGGAGCGUUCCAGCACGCGGAGACUCCAUCGGGAGUCCCAACGUGUGACAAACAAGAAACGUAGUGCAUUUGAUCGUCUUGUGGCGCAACGUAACAAGAAAAGGAACAGAGAUGAAGUGGAGAUCAUGACUCAUAUAACAGCCGACGAGGACGAUGAAGAGAUGGGGCAGCAACAGGAGCAGGAUCAAGAUCAGGAGAUGUACGCAAGUGGGAGAGAUUCUACAUUCAAGAAAUUAAAACUAAAAGCUGAAGAUGUUUACUCGGAUGAUUCCAGUGUCAGCUCGGAAGAGGAUGACUAUAUGGAACAGAAUGAACCAGUUGUGCUUGUGGAAUCUCUAAUGGAACUCGGCAAGGCAAUUCUGACUCGCCAUCAGCUGGAGGACUUCCUAGAUAAACCCAUCUUCGAUCAGACUGUGAUUGGUUGCUUUGUUCGCGUCAGCAUUGGAGCCGCUCUCAAUGAACAGCCUUCGAUCUAUCGCCUUUCGGAAAUUGUUGCCCUGGACUCCAUCGAGCAGGAGUAUCAGGUGGGAUCUCGUCGGACUAAGCGAGUGCUCCAGCUGAAACAUGGUGGCCAUCAACGCAGCUUCCUCAUGAAUGUCGUCUCCAAUCAACCGGUAACAAGCAGCGAGUUCUCCUACUUCCUGGAGGCCUGUCAAAGGGAUGCUCAACCCCUGCCCAAUCUACGGAGGAUUUCCGAAAAGGCAAAGGACAUCGAGAAGGCAACAAAUUAUGCUUUUACUGAAGGAGACGUCGAGCUGAUGGUGCAGACGAAAAGACAAGCUGGACAGAAGUUGGUGAGUGCCGCCUAUAGGAAGGUGUGUCUCAUCAUGGAACGCGAUAUGGCAAUCGAAUCCAAUGACAAGGAGAAGGCAAAUCGGCUGGAGCGAGAGAUCAAACAAAUCGAUGAGAAAUCCCUUACCGAACCGCAACGUGAGAAGCGUGUGCAAUAUAUGAGCUCCACAGCCAAACCCAUUCCUGUCCAGACAAGUCGACCUCAACCUGCAACCAAGUCGAAAUUUAAUUCCAAGAAGAUUGACUGGCAACAAUAUAUGCGUAAAAGAUAUAAAAAGAUUGUCAGCUUACAACGUCAGCAGAUCAAAAUGGAACCAGAAUCAAUAGAGGAGGAAUGCUUCAAUCUUCCAGCUGCUACUCAGCCUGAUCAAAAACCCAAUAAGGAAGAGAACACGGAGAAGGAAUCGCAGCAGAUCGAGUCUGUCAUAGACUUGGAUAAACUGAAUCUCUACGAGCUGCACAACUUUAAAAUCUGCUUGGAUGUCAGCAAUUUACUGGAAUUCAAUGCGAUAUUUUCCGAGAGUGAAGCAAGCUGUCUGCUCUAGGCUUAAACUCUCUCAAUGUCCACUGCACAGUCAGUUCCAAUCAAGCUGCAAACAUAAUCACUUCGACCAGAAACAAUUCAACAAAACCAGAAAUGAACACGCCAGAAUCUACUGUACCUUCUCGUCCUCCUGCUCUCCUGCCAGGCAAUCACAGAAAUUGGGAAUUUCAAAACAGUGGAUGCUUCUAAUUGCCCCAAAAGGUUGAGCAAACAGACCAGGAAGAGGGUGAUAGGGAGGAAAGGAGGGGAUUGAGAAGAACUCCCAGACAGGACAUCGAUAGCCAAAAAUAUGAAUGCCGCACAGUUGUUGUUGCUGUUGUUGUGGUUCCAAUCGAAAGAGCAGACAGUGACACCGCGGCAUGUCAACACUGCGUUAUCCCCCGUGUGGGGACUGGUGACGGGGGACUGGUGCCGAGGGACUGCUGACUGGUGACUGUGUUGCCCAGUGGCUAGUGACUGUUCCUCCUGCAAUCUAGCGGUUGGGUGGAGGGGAAGGCGACUCCAAUUCCAAUCAACCACAGCGGACACAUCAACAAUUCGUGCGCCGCCAAAAGCUUGUUCUAAUCCAAUCAAAUCUCAAAUGCGGUUGUGCCCCAAUUGCUACUGGGACAACGACAAUGGGGUCGAUAGCACAUUUUUGUACACAAAUUAUUAAAUCAUUUUUUAUUUUUAUUAUUAUUGUACAUAUGUUAAAAUAUGAUUUAGUUUUUUAAG